GAAUUGACAUAAAUAAACUUGCCGAACAAGUACUCGAGAAAAUCAAAAAACCUAAAUAAAAAAGAUACAAAAUGCCUUUCAUGGUAGGAAAAGCUCCAAUUCGGAGAACAUUAAGAUAUCUCGAAUCUGGAAAACUUGUGUUGAAAGAUAAAAUCAAAAUCUUCAGCAUAAAUUAUAACACAUAUGGCAAUCACCAUAAAGGCGCAAGAUCAUUUGUUUUCUGGAAUUUACCACAACUUCAAUACAAGAAUAAAGCAGUUCAAGUAGUCACGUUUAGAAACAUAACACCUUCUCCUUUUAUUAAAUGUUAUUACGAUGAUGGAAAACAAAUUCUCAUAGACAUUGACAGCAGAACAAAUGAUGAAAUACUUAGUCACUUAAUAAAAGUUGUUGGGAAAUCACUUGACACUCUUGAGGCGGAAGCAAUAGCAGCAGAGAAAAAAGAUAAUCCGGCGAACUUUGGAGUUGGUUGUGCAAGAAGUUGCAUGUGCGAGAUUCCUGGUCAAGUACCAUGUCCUGGUGUGCUUCCACUUCCUUUCCAUAUGCGUGGAAAACACAGACAUGCCAACAAAAAUUAAACUUUACUAUUUGUAAAUGUUUUAGAGAUAAAUGAAUAGAAAUUUUGAAUUUGAGUUUGAUUGGAAGUUGCUUGGAAAUUUUUAAUUUUUUCUAUUACAGUCUGAUAAAAAGUGAAGAAAAAUGAGAGAACUCGUG